CCUUUCUCGUCCUUUCGGAGGCUCCCAUGUGAGACGGCGACCGUGGAUCUGCGACUGGGACUGCUGCGGAGGACACGAUGACCACCAGCAGCGAGGACGUGCUGCUCCAGAUGGGCGAGGUGCGGUACAAGAAGGGCGACGGCACCUUGUACGUGAUGAACGAGCGGGUGGCCUGGAUGGCGGAGCACCGGGACACGGUGACGGUCUCGCAUCGCUAUGCGGACAUCAAGACCCAGAAGAUCUCUCCGGAGGGAAAGCCCAAGGUGCAGCUGCAGGUGGUGCUGCACGACGGCAACACCUCCACCUUCCACUUCGUCAAUCGCCAGGGACAGCCCGCGAUGCUGGCGGACAGGGACAAGGUCAAGGAGCUGCUGCAGCAGCUGCUGCCCAACUUCAAGCGGAAGGUGGACAAGGACCUGGAGGACAAGAACCGCAUUCUCGUCGAGAACCCCAAUCUGCUGCAGCUCUACAAGGAUCUGGUCAUCACCAAGGUCCUGACCAGCGACGAGUUCUGGGCCACGCACGCCAAGGAUCAUGCCCUGAAGAAGAUGGGCAAGUCCCAGGAGAUCGGUGUCUCUGGCGCCUUUCUGGCCGACAUCAAGCCGCAAACGGACGGCUGCAACGGCCUCAAGUACAACCUCACCUCCGACGUGAUUCACUGCAUUUUCAAGACCUAUCCCGCCGUCAAACGCAAGCAUUUCGAGAAUGUGCCCGCCAAGAUGCCAGAAUCCGAGUUCUGGACCAAGUUUUUCCAAUCGCACUACUUUCAUCGCGAUCGCCUCACCGCCGGCACUAAGGAUAUAUUCACCGAGUGCGGCAAGAUCGAUGAUCAGGCCCUCAAAGCGGCCGUUCAGCAGGGAGCCGGUGAUCCGCUUCUGGACCUCAAGAAGUUCGAGGAUGUUCCCUUGGAGGAGGGCUUCGGCAGCGUGGCCGGGGAUCGCAACGUAGUGAACAGCGGCAAUAUCGUGCAUCAGAACAUGAUCAAGCGGUUCAACCAGCAUUCCAUUAUGGUGCUCAAGACCUGUACCAACGUGACCUCAGCGCCCUCAACGAUGACCAAUGGCACGAAUAAUGCCAACGGACCGGUUUCGCAGUCCGCCUAUACGAACGGUCUGAACGGCAAGGCCACGGCCUCCUCCGCCGCCAAGAGUUCCGCCGACCCGGUGGACAAGGACGAGCCGCAGAGCAAGAAGCAACGACUGAUGGAGAAGAUUCACUACGAGGAUCUGGGCGAGCCAGUCAUAGAAGCAGACGACGAUGCCGCCCACGGGGAGAAGGCCAGCAAGGCCAACAAGCAGUUCGAACUGUCAAAGGUGGAGCGUUACCUCAAUGGCCCCGUCCAGAACAGCAUGUACGACAACCACAACGACUCCAUGAGUCUGGAGGAGGUGCAGUACAAGCUGGUGCGCAACUCAGAGUCCUGGCUGAAUCGCAACGUGCAGCGCACUUUUAUCUGUUCCAAGGCGGCGGUGAAUGCGCUGGGAGAGCUGAGUCCCGGCGGUUCCAUGAUGCGCGGCUUCCAAGAGCAGUCAGCGGGACAACUUGUGCCCAGUGACUUCCAACGCGAGCUGCGACACCUGUAUCUCUCACUAUCCGAGCUGCUGAAGCACUUCUGGAGCUGUUUCCCGCCCACCUCCGAGGAGCUGGAGGCAAAGCUGCAGCGUAUGCACGAGACUUUGCAGCGCUUCAAACAGGCCAAACUAGUGCCUUUUGAGAAUCGCGCCAUGCACGAACUCUCGCCGCUGCGGUCCUCGUUGACCCAGCACAUGAACCAGCUGCUGCGCACAGCCAACGGAAAGUUCGCCACCUGGAAGGAACGAAAGCUACGCAACGGCAGGUAGCAAAUGCCCAACGGAGGCGAACACACCUCAAGAACCAUUAUUAUAGACUAGGAGUAACUAAUAAGCGUAUGCGCAACGCAUUGAAAUAAAACAUCAUUUGCAACUUGGUA